AUGAAGAUUCCGAGCAACAAUAUUUGGUUCAACCCAUUGAUCAAGGUUUAUCCUGACAAGUUGAAGAUGCUUAUUCAAGUGUUGAAUGAUUCAAUUCUCACUCAUGCUUUACUUACUUCUUUUUCUAUAUCCAUGAAAUGGUUAUCUUUGGCUUCUUUAACUGAUGUGUAUAAUAGAACUACAGAGAUUGUUACAUUUCAGUUGAUCAUGAACAAGAGAAAACGCUUGACUAAGAAGCAAUUUUCCCAUAUUUUGAAAUUAUCGUCUGAUGGAGAGUUCAAUGAGGUUACGAGUGAACAAGUAGUGAACAUGUUCAAUGAAAUGGGGAAUCAUCCAACUCUUUCAGUUGUUAGCCAUUUCAAGAAGUCAAAUCUUCCAGAGGUGUCUCCUACCAAUACGAUUUUGAUUAACUACAAAGCUUAUAUGGAUCCAACUUCUACUGGUAUUCUUCCUAAGAAGGUUACUUUUAAAGCUGUGGAGGGAUCUUCCAAAUAA